AUGGAAUUCAUUGUGAGAGAGACACAGCUACAAGGACUGGAGCAACCCUUCGCCUCAGGCCCAGACAUCCAAGCUGAUGAGGGGAGCUCACACCUUGGCCUGCACCUCGUCCCUCCCUGCAGGUGCAUGGUGCCCAACGGGGUGCUGCACCUCACCUGGGUCAACGCCCGGAGCAGACUGAUGAGGGCAUCCAUCAGUGACUCCCUGGGUGUGGGCACCUUCAUCUCCACCCACGCCAGGCUCAGCAUUGUUGCCUCAGGACGUGACGGUCAUGGAGGGGGAGCGCACUGGGUUCCCGUGUGCCCUGGACACCAUGCCGGCGCCCUCCAUCAAGGGGUUCAGGAACAGUCACCCGCUGAAGCCAGACUCACGAAUGACACGCCUUCCAUCUGGUGCCUUAGAAAUAGAGAAUGUAGCCAUGCCGGGGAGUAUUGCUGCCAAGCCAACAAGAGCAAGGUGUCCCAGCAAGCCACACUCACAGUCAAGGAAGCCUACGCCCUGCGGGACCCCCAGCGGCCCGUGCUCACUGCUCAGCCAAAGUCCACGAUAGGCAAGGUGGGGGACAAGAUCACCGUGGACUGUGCGGCCAACGGCUACCCGGAGCCAGCCAUGGUGUGGCUCAAGGACGGCGCCACCAUCCACAUGGCGGACCUGGACACACUGUUCUGCGGCACCACCAGCAGCAGCCUGCACAUCCAUGGCCUGCAGGAGGAGGACGAGGGGACGUACAGGUGCCGGGCGGAGAACAGGGACCUGGACACACUGUUCUGCGGCACCACCACCAGCAGCCUGCACAUCCAUGGCCUGCAGGAGGAGGACAAGGGGACGUACAUGUGCUGGGCGGAGAACAGGGAGGAUUCGCUCGACGCCGUGGCCCACAUACAGGUCCAAGGUGAGACAAAACUAUGA